AUGGAUGGAAUAGUUACAACAGGCUCUCCAGGAUCACCUCCACACCCUCCACCUAUACCGAUUCAGCGCCCGCUCAGCCCUCCUCCUCCUCCACCUGAAGACUCAGCCGCUCCUCCGCCUCCCCCAGAAGAUAUCCCUCCUCCGCCGCCAGUGGAGACAAAAAAGAAGCAGGGAUGGGGCACAAAACGACCGGCAGCAACUCCAUUGAGCGUGGAAGAGCUCAUUCGCAAAAAGAAAGAAGCUGAUGCGGCAACGGCCAAGCCCAAGUUCUUAUCAAAAGCCCAACGAGAGAAACUCGCAUUGGAAAAGCGAGUCCAGGAGGUUGAGGCAGAGCGGCAAGCAAAAGCUCGCACCAACGGUGGUGAUCGCAACGGAUUCGACACGGAACCAACAUCUGCAAGACCCUCUGAACCAAGGAAUACUCGUGAUGAUCAAGGGGCUAGAUUUGUUCCCACUGGGCCACGAUCGAUGCGCGAUGAAGCCCCGACCGGAUCUGCUGGCAUGCGAAAGGGAGGUAGACAGGGUCGCGAUCAUGAUAUGCCACCACCGCCCAAGGCCGCCAAAGGCGAGAAACGAUUGAACGAAGAAGACUCUGCAGCGGCGCUUGCUGCGCUGACCAAGCAGCGAUAUAUGGGAGCAGAGCAGACGUCGAACUUCUCGGCGAAGAAGAAGCGCAAGCGUACAACGGACCGGAAAUUCAACUUCGAUUGGAAUACUGAAGAGGACACAAGUGGUGAUUAUGAUCCACUGUAUCAGAAACGCCACGAGGCCAACUUCUUCGGCAGGGGUCGUCUGGCAGGCUUUGGUGAUGAUGUUGCCGAUGAAGUGACCCGUAAAUACGUGCAGGCCCUGGAAACCCGCGACAAGGAAGCCGGUGGAGCACGGGCGAAGGAGAUUAUGGAGAUGGAACGGCGUCGGCGUGAAGAAAGCACUCGCAACCAGAUGGACAAGCACUGGAGCGAGAAACGGUUGGAUCACAUGCGUGAGCGCGACUGGCGUAUCUUCAAGGAAGACUUCAAGAUCAGCACGAAGGGUGGCGGCGUACCGAAUCCUAUGCGCUCAUGGGAGGAAAGCUUACUGCCCAAGCGCAUUCUGGAACUUGUUGAUCGUGUUGGAUACAAAGAACCAUCAGCUAUUCAGCGUGCAGCCAUCCCAAUCGCCAUGCAGUCGCGUGAUCUUAUUGGUGUCGCCGUCACAGGUUCCGGUAAAACAGCAGCCUUCCUACUCCCGCUUCUGGUUUACAUUUCAGAGCUCCCUCGACUCGACGAGAACGAAUGGCGCAAGAACGAUGGACCAUAUGCCAUUGUACUGGCACCUACUCGUGAAUUGGCGCAGCAAAUCGAAAUCGAAGCCAAGAAAUUCACCCAGCCGCUCGGAUUCAACGUCGUCAGUAUCGUCGGUGGUCACUCAAUCGAAGAGCAAGCCUACAGUCUCCGCGACGGAGCCGAAAUCAUCAUCGCCACGCCAGGUCGUCUGGUGGACUUCAUCGAGCGUCGCAUGCUAGUCCUCAGCCAAUGUUGCUACGUGAUCAUGGACGAAGCAGAUCGAAUGAUCGAUCUCGGAUUCGAAGAACCCGUCAACAAAAUCCUAGACGCUCUCCCAGUAACCAACGAAAAGCCCGACUCGGAAGAAGCUGAAGACUCGCGCGCCAUGAGCCAACAACGCUAUCGCCAGACAAUGAUGUACACAGCCACCAUGCCUCCAGCAGUCGAGCGCAUAGCACGCAAGUACCUCCGCCGCCCAGCAAUCAUCACAAUCGGCAGUGUCGGCGAAGCCGUCGACACAGUUGAACAGCGCGUGGAAAUGAUCCCCGGAGAAGACAAGCGCAAGAAGCGUCUCAACGAUAUCCUCUCCUCGGGCGAGUUCCGCGCGCCAAUCAUCGUCUUCGUCAACAUCAAACGAAACUGCGAUGCCAUCGGGCGCGAUAUCAAGAAUAUGGGCUUCUCGACUGUCACGUUGCACGGUGGAAAGUCUCAAGAACAGCGUGAAGCAGCGCUUAACUCUGUUCGGAAUGGCCAGACGGAUGUUAUGGUUGCGACGGAUCUGGCGGGUCGUGGUAUUGAUGUGCCUGAUGUUUCGCUUGUCGUUAACUUUAACAUGGCUGGUUCGAUCGAGUCUUAUACUCAUCGUAUCGGUCGUACUGGUCGUGCUGGAAAGAGUGGUGUUGCUAUCACUUUCCUUGGUAAUGAGGAUACGGACCUGAUGUAUGAUCUUCGGCAGAUGCUUAUGAAGUCGCCUCUCUCGCGAGUUCCUGAGGAUCUGCGGAAACAUGAAGCUUCGCAGUCGAAACCUAAUAAGGGGAUUAGUGGCAAGAAGAUUGAGGACAGUUCUGGGUUUGGAGGGAAGGGAGGAUGGGCCUAG